AUGGCUGCGCCCAAUCGUCCCCGCGUCUUCCUCGAGAUCAGUAUCGGCAACGAACCUGCAGGCCGCUUGACCAUCGAGCUCUUUGCUGACCAGACUCCAAAGACAUGUGAAAACUUCCGCGCUCUCUGCGUUGGCUCGCAACCGAAACUCAACUAUGCGCUCAGUCCCUUCCACCGUAUCAUCGACGACUUUAUGGUCCAAGGCGGAGACAUCACCCGCGGCGAUGGCACAGGCGGCGACAGCAUCUACGGCGGUGACUUUGAAGACGAGAAUCUAGGCUGGCGCGACAUGGACGCUGCUGGCUUGGUGUGCAUGGCCAACCGUGGAAAGGCCACCAACAGUAGUCAAUUCUUCAUAACCCUCGACGAAUGCCCCCAUCUCAACAACAAACACACAAUCUUCGGACGCUUGGUCGCUGGAGAAGACACGCUCGCUCGUAUGGCCAAGGUCCAGGUUGACAAGGACGAUAGACCUUUCGAACCUGUCUUGAUCGCUCGUUGCGGAGAGCUU